AUGUCUACUGCGCACUUGCGACGAGCUGGAGUUCCUGAUCGUAGCCGCGGACUCUCGAUCAUGGAAAUCAGUGCAACGGACGACAAACCGACCCCCCUGCCCGCAUAUUCCGGCCCUGCGCCCCCGAUGCAUCAUCGCAUACCCCAUCCCGACGGAGGACAUGGCCCGCCUAGUGACUCGGGGAUAGUAUAUGAAACCCCUCCGUGGCGCCCUUUUCCGGCCCCGUUCGAAGGGCGCCCUGCCGAUCAACGACGAACCUCCAAUGCCCCCCAGCCUCCGUUGCCGCCUCACGGGUACCCCGUUCACCCAAAUCGCGAGCUGCCACAGCUCCCUCCGGAAGUCCCAUAUAAUCGACAAGGAAGCCUGCCCGGCGCAUUUCACUCCAUCUCGGACACGCACCCGCCGCAUUCAACCUACCGCCCCAUGAAUGGAACGCCGCACGAGGCGGCUUCUCAUUCUGCGCCUCCUGACUAUCGGCCUCGUAUGUCUUUUCCACCUCCAGAAAACCAAACCAACGGCGAUCUGCCACCUCCGCCUCCACAUUCGCUUCCCCCGGCCCAGUUCUCGACCCCCGUCCCGCCGCAUAUAUCGCAUACUCCCGCGCCGUAUGAUCCAGCUUAUUAUCAGAACCAAGCUUAUGGGAUUCGUCAGCGCAAGGCUGCUAGAGCUCAACAGGUAGACUCUUCACCUAUUCUGGACAUACAAGAAAAGAGCACGCAGAUGCUAAUAGACAGACUUGCACACCUUGAGGACAUUAUUUAUGAGAAGACGGAUAUUAUACAAAAGGUUCAAGUUGAGCAUGGGAACCAACUAACGCAGAUCAUCAAGAACUUCCCGCGGGAACCCAAAGUGAAGAUGAACAAAGAGUCCCAGAAGCCGACGGUCCAACAUCUACUGAAGCAGGACAGCCAGCAAGAGUCGGAAACGAAGGAGGAAAGUGCCCCAGUGCCCGUGGGACAAGAGUUGACUUCGAGCGAGACCACGGAAGCGGGUACCGUCACUGUAACCACUCAGGAAACGCUGGAGCCCGGGGAGGAUGGCGAACUUUCGAUUCCGGUUGAACACACGACUGCGGCACAUAAGCUACUGAUGUGGCCCUCAAUCAAGGAGCUUCUUCUUCCGAGGGAGUAUGAUGAGGAUUACGUGAUGAGGCUGGAGGAAAAGCGAGGAUUGAUUCGUGUUUACGGCCGGGGAGAAGGCGACGACACGAGCGACGACGUGGGUCCAUUCCCGCCGCCAACGAGACCGGACUACAGCCCCGAAGAGCACCACACGCAGACCGCGCCGACCAGCGGACCCUGGGGAGUGGGCGCUACGCCGCCUCCCGCCCGCCUCCCGGACAACGGCCUCGACGAGAGUGGUUUCCUGACCACGGACCCGGAAACGCUGCGGCGGUAUCAUCGCAGCUAUAUGGACCACAUUCACAGGCUCCACCCGUUUCUCAACCAGAGCGAGCUGGACGCAAAAAUCGGACAAUUCAUCAAAACCUACUGCCCACGGUCCGCCUCGGAUUCGCCGUCUGUUCUAAGCAACAGCACUGCGGGGGACGUGCCUAGAGGAGCAAAGCGCAAACGCUCUUGUGAGAAUUUGCAGGGUGCGGCGUGUGAGAUGCAAUCCCCGACGGGCAGCAAGAAUGGGCGGAUCCACGGCCGCCGCAUCGAGAGAUCUGUCGGCAACGCCAUCAUCCUGUUCGUUUUUGCGAUCGGGAGCAUCUGUGAAGUCUCGAUCGUUCCUGGGCCCGUCAUGGAUGACCCGGUGGACUUCCGGAAGGAACGUAUCCCCGGUCCCACUACUCGAAGUGUUCAAUCUCCUGCAGGGUCCGAUUCCAUUCUACAGACUCAAGGCAACAUCUACGCCCCAAGGGGACGCGCAUUUCCAUCCCCGUCGGUGAUAGACGGUCGGAAAUCCUCAUCGGGGCGGCCAGGCUAUAUAGACAAUCGUCACCUGAGGAAUCUGGAUGUUAUCCCGGGUUUGGCGUAUUAUGCUUAUGCCACCCAAAUCAUCGGCAGUCUCCAAGGGGCUAAUGGACUGCUUCAUGUCCAAGCAGCUUUACUCGCUGGACUCUAUGCCGGUCAACUGGCGCAUCCUUUCCAGAGUCACGGAUGGAUCUAUCAAGCCGCUCGAGCUUGCCAAGUUCUUGUCCGAACGAAACGGUAUGAGCAAUUGGAAGAUGGUCCCGUGAAAGAUCUCUAUGAUUUUGCGUACUGGACUUGUUUGCAGCUGGAAAGCGAUAUCCUAGCGGAACUCGACCUUCCAGCCAGCGGCAUAUCUCGUUCCGAGGCCCGCAUAUCCUUGCCCAAGGGUCUUUUCACACUUUCUCUUCCUAACGAGAUUUCUGCACCAAGCACCAUGAUGAUGUUCUUUUACUCCGCCCAGAUUCAUCUCAGAAAAGUCCUCAAUCGUGUUCAUACCGAUCUGUAUAAGGUUGAAAAACAAGGUCAGAACCGUUGGUCUUCCAACGUGCAAGAGAUUCUGAGUAUGAAUCUCGAGCUCUGGCGGACGAGCCUGCCUGAUAUUAUGAAAUGGAAGGACAAUGACCCACCUCCAAAGGAGAUUAACGUCGCUCGCAUGCGAGCGAAGUAUUAUGGCGCACGAUACAUUAUCCACCGACCCCUCCUCUACCACGCUCUGCAUUACGCCGCCGCAAGCCCCGACUCACUCCCGUCAGUAGACUCUCCUACUGCACCACCCCUUUCCGGUUCCAAAUCCCAACAGGUCUCCCCGUCGAUGACGCACAGUCAGCGUGCCUCGAAUAUGGUGCGCCUCGGUAGUGAUAUAGGCACCAUGGGCCGGAAUUCCGUUUCUUCUGCGCCGGGUAGAAGCAUGACUUACCGUGACCUGCCAACCAAGCUGCGAAGAGCCUGUAAAGUGUGUGUCGACUCCGCCAUUCUGAGUACGGAAGCUUUUGAUGGCAUUGAGGGUCGUCCAGUCGUGACAAACAUUUUUGGAACUGCACACGCUCAAUUUGGCAAUAUGUUGGUCCUGUCUGCUACGUACAUGUCGAACCUCACCGAGCUUGUCGAUCGGAAUGACUUAGAGCGACUUCUCAAGCGAACGAUCGGGUUUCUCCUGCAGAGUCGCUACAUCUCACCCAGUCUACGCGCCGAUGCUCGAAUACUGACCGAAAUAUACGAGAAGAUUUUUGGUGAGCCGGCAGCAAGCUUCUCAAACAAAAUGGCCCCCGGGGCGCUUCGCCUCUCUCGAGAAGGGUUUACCGCUGAUGUGACUGGCAAAUCUAUCCAGCGAACGCUGCUGAGCCCUUGGAAAACAUUGCCUCUGAUCCUACUGGCAUAUUAUACGGCCAAAGGGAAAGAGAUCGCUCGGAACCACCCGCGAAGUCUCCAGGUCCUCCAAGUGCUUGCGUCGCUUGCGGUCCUCCGUCGCAUCAACGCAUGGAUCAACCGACGUGUGUUGAAUAAUGGCACUUCGGAUCGAUACUACUGGAACCGCGAAGUGGUGGUGUUAACGGGGGGUAGCAACGGCAUCGGCAAACAUGUAGCCAUUCUGCUGGGACAUCGGGGGAUCAAAGUCGCUGUCCUCGAUAUCAAUCCGCCCGAGGACGAGCUCCCUCCCACAGUCCGCUACCACCAGUGCGACAUCACCUCACCGGCCGCCAUCGCGGAGGUCGCGACCAAGAUCCGCACCACGAUGGGCUACCCGACCGUCUUGAUCAACAACGCUGGCUUGUGCAGUGGCCGCACCAUCCUCAACAGCACCGAGGCCCAGACUCGACUGCAGUUCGACGUCAACACGCUGGCGCACUACUGGCUGGCCCGCGAGUUCCUGCCCUCCAUGGUCCAGCGUAACCACGGUAUGGUGGUCACCGUGGCCUCGCAGGCGGGCUACACUGUCACGCCCAACAUGGUGGACUACUCGGCCACGAAGGCGGCAGCCAUCGCCUUCCAUGAAGGGCUGGGUGCGGAACUGGUGACAAGGUACCAUGCGCCGCGGGUCCGUACCGUGCUUAUCACCCAGGGAUUCACCAAGACGGCGUUCAUCAAGGACCUGACUCCCGAAGACACGUGGUUGAAUCCACUGCUGUAUCCUGAGACGGUCGCCGAGGAUAUUGUGAAUCAGGUUCUCACCGGCUCCAGUGGACAUGUCGUCGUGCCGGGGUCGACUGGUUGGCUGGCGAAGGGUCUCCGUGGAUUUCCGUUGUGGUUUCAGCAUCGGUUGAGACUACGGUUGGAGCGCCUCAUGCGGACUUCUGAUUAG